AUGCCUGAUUUCACUACCAACCGAAAUUCCUGUGCUCCUAGGGUCCGAGGGAGCGAUCAAAAUCACGAAUUCAUCCCAGAGGCAGCCGAACGACUGGAUGAUAAUGUCCCGAGGGAAGAGAUCACCCGACGUGUCACAGAGCUUGUUCUUGCGCAUGAUCCGGUCCAAUUCUACACGUCCGACGCCUCGGAAGACGAAAAGAAGAGCCUUCUCUCCGAGGCAGUGAACAGGUUCAAACAGCCCUUUGCGAUUUGGUGGGUGAGCAUUGUGAAUGCCCUGGCAGCAACGGUCCAGGGGAUGGAUGAAACCGUGAUUAGCGGCGCCCAGCUCUACUUUCUAAAGUACUUUGGCCUCGAAGAUAAUGCCCUUUUGACUGGACUCAUCAAUGCGAGCCCGUAUCUGAUGUGUGCUACUGUGGGCUGUUGGUUAGCCAUUCCAUCGAACCAUUUCCUUGGGCGUCGAGGCACAGUUUUUCUCUGGUCUCUUGUUUCCAUCGGAGCAUCUACAUGGCAGGCAGUUUCCACCUCCUGGCAGUCCUUCCUUGGGUCAAGAUUGUUAUUAGGCGUUUGCAUUGGUGCGAACUCUGCAACGGUUGCUGUCUAUACAGCCGAGUGUGCACCCGCAUCUAUUAGGGGGGGACUGGUCAUGAUGUGGCAAGUCUUUGUUUCCUUCGGUAUUAUGAUGGGGUACAUCAUUAGUGCAGCGUUCGUCCAUGUGCACUAUCCUCUGAAUUGGCGACUCAUGAUCGGGAGUCAAUUAGUUGCGCCGAUCUUCGUUAUUGCCACUGUUUACUUUGGCCCCGAGUCACCAAGGUAUCUUGUGUCACGGCAGCGAUACGCAGCUGCGUUCCGAUCUUUAUUGCGGUUGCGGGCCACAAGGCUCCAGGCUUCCCGAGACCUGUACUAUAUAGUGCAGUCGGUGAAGCUUGAAGAAGACUUGCGGUCGGGACGCACCCUGUUCUCCGAUAUCCGUGAUGUUGUCCAGCAUCCUCGGGUCCGCUAUGCUGCACUAGCAUCCUGGUUCAUUAUGUUCAUGCAAAACUUCUGUGGAAUCAAUGCGAUGACAUAUUAUACGGGCCAAGUCUUUGUCGAUACGGGUGCCACGGCCGUCACCGCUAUUUAUGCGUCCAUCGGUGCCGGUGCUUUGCUUUUCAUUGGUGCUUUACCGGCAAUCAAAUACAUUGACAUCUGGGGCAGACGGCCAUUAUUGAUUUGGUCGCUGGUAUCAAUGGGCGCCUGUACCCUAUGGACAGGUCUCUCGUUCCUUGCGAGUGACCCAAAAACGCGACUGGUUAUGGUAGCCAUCGGAAUUUACCUAUACGAGGCUACCUACGCCCCCGGCCAAGGUGUAGUUCCGUUUGUUUAUGCCAGCGAGGCAUUCCCACUCUAUAUGAGAACAUUGGGAAUGAGCUUUUCAACCGCAACCACCUGGACAUUUAGCUUUGCUCUAACAUUUGCAUGGCCAUCGCAGCUGAAUGCAAUGACAUCGACUGGCGCAUUUUGCUGGUAUUCCGCUUGGUGCUUCGUUGGCGCGACUCUAGCCUAUUUCUUCAUCCCGGAGACACGGGGAAAGAGUCUCGAGGAGCUGGACAUGGUCUUUGCUGUUCCAAUCAGUAUCCACGGAGCAAACAAGCUUCAUCAACUUCGAUAUCGGUUGGGGUUGAGCUCAGAUCGCCCCCGAGACAUGGAGGAUAUCAUACGUGAGAAUGCCUUCAGGCUUUCGGCUUCGCGUGGCGUGAAUGAUGAGGAGAAGAUGGGCGAAGACAUCAAGCAAGUGGAGCACCUUGAACAUAAGAGUGCCCUCUAA